AUGCACAAAUGGAGCAGAAAGAAAGCCCAGCUCUUCUUCUUCCUCUCCCUCUCCGCUCUCUUCAUGCUCUCUUUUCUUCUUCUCACCACCCACAGCACCGGAACUGCGGUCCAGGUGGGGCCCAACGGGGCUUCUAGAAGGUCCCAACCCUCGUUCCCAACUUACGUCACCACCAAUUUCUCCUCUCCUCUGUCUGACGGGAAUCGGGUCUUGGAGGGCAAUGGAUAUCAAUCUUUGACUAUUUUCAAGGCAGAGGAAUAUAAUGCCUCAGUUGAGUUUUACUGGGCACCUCUCAUCGUCGAGUCAAAUUCAGAUGAUCCAGUGAACCACAGACUAGACCAUAGAAUCAUCCGUCCAAAUUCACUUCUCAAACAUGCAUCUGAGUGGGAGAAAGCAGACAUACUGGUGUUCAAUUCUUAUUUAUGGUGGAGAAGCGGGCCAAAAAUAAAACUACUAUGGGAUAUUGAUGAUACAGCGAAUUGUGAAGCUGCAGAUGGUGUUGAUGCAAUGAAAUUAGCUUUAGAGACAUGGGCAAAGUGGGUUUUUUAUCGUAUGAAUCCUAUAAAACAGCAAGCCUUUUUUGUUACCAUGUCCCCUACCCAUCUCUGGAGCCGGGAAUGGAAUCCAGCAAGGGAAGGAAACUGCUACGGUGAAAUGACUCCGAUAAACGAUAAUGAAGGUUACUGGGGUACUGGCUCAGACCUCGACACAAUGAGAAUGGUGGAGAAGAUAAUGAAUAAUUUGGGCUCUAGGGUAAAGGUUAUUAAUAUCACUCAGCUUUCAGAGUAUCGAAAAGAUGGCCAUCCUUCAAUUUAUCGGAAGUUUUGGGAGGCAUUUACAGAGGAGCAGCUCUCAAAUCCCUCGAGCUAUGCUGAUUGUAUACACUGGUGUUUGCCUGGAGUUCCUGAUAUCUGGAAUGAGUUGCUCUUCAAUUUUUUGUGACGGUGUACGUAGAGUGGUAAUAUACAUAUAUAAUUUUGUCUUUGUUAACACAGUGGAAAUAUGUAUUUUUUAAACAGUGGUUGGCUGUUAACAGUUUCUUUUCUUUCAAUUUUACCCUUUUAAUGAUUCGCUAA